AUGGAAGUGGCCAGCUCUUUUUUCAUUGUUUGCUUCCAAGUUAUAGUUCUUAGCUUGUUCAGUUUAGCAUAUGCAGCGCCUAUAUCCGGAGGAAAUGACACUGAUCUACAAGCUUUACUACGGUUCAAAGCCAAUAUAAUUGGUGAUCAGCUCGGAGUUAUGGACUCUUGGAAUAGUUCCGUUCACUUCUGUCAAUGGCAUGGUGUUACAUGCAGUCGCAAGCUUCGGAGAGUUACCAAGUUGGAACUGCAGCUCCUAAAACUCUCCGGAUCUUUAUCACCAUACAUUGGAAAUUUAAGCUUUCUCAAGGAGUUGAAUCUUGAGGGUAACAGCUUCUACAAUCAGAUUCCUCAAGAAAUUUGUCGCUUAAGAAGAUUGGAAACUUUAGAACUGUCCAAUAAUUCCAUCACUGGUGAAAUUCCUUCCAAUUUAUCUGCUUGUUAUAAGCUUACAUGGGUCGGUAUGAGGGGCAACCAGCUAACAGGAGAAAUACCCGCUUCGCUGGGUCUCUUAUCAAACUUGAAAGUCUUGAGUUUUGCCAUCAACAGAUUGAGAGGAAGUAUACCACCUUCGUUGGGGAAUUUGUCAUCCUUAGAGAAACUUUCUUUGCGGACUAAUUCAUUAAGUGGGGUUAUACCUGAAGGUAUUGGACAAUUGACAAAUCUUUCAGUUUUCUCGGUAGAAGAAAAUGCAAUUUCAGGUACUAUUCCCUUCACAAUGUUCAAUCUCUCCAAUAUGAGAAGUUUUGAUAUUGGUGGAAACAAUAUUCAAGGUACUCUUCCUUCUGACUUAGCAAUCACUAUGCCAUAUCUUGAGUUCUUUUCUGCAUGGGAAAACCAAAUCUCAGGAAAAAUCCCGAUUUCUAUAUCGAAUGCCUCGAAUCUGCAUAUUCUUCAGCUUAAUGAGAAUAGACUUAUUGGAAACGUCCCUUCCUUAGAGAAGUUGGAUAAACUAGCUAAUCUUCUUCCAGGCACAAACCAUUUGGGAAAUGGAAGAGAAGGUGAUUUGAACUUUCUCUGCAGUUUAGUUAAUAAUACCAAAAUAGAAACAAUAGAUAUACAAACAAAUAAUUUUGGAGGGGAACUUCCCGAAUGCAUUAGCAAUUUUUCUAGCACACUUUUAUUUUUAGUAAUAGAAAAUAACAAAAUAUUGGGAAAAAUUCCCGAUGGGAUUGGAAAUCUCAUCAAUUUGCAGGUGCUACGGGUAUCACAAAAUCAACUAUCAGGUCCCAUUCCUCUCAACAUCGGGAGGAUCCAGAAGCUAAAGAGAUUUGACGCUCGUUAUAAUUUUCUCACUGGGACUAUUCCCCAUUCUAUUGGAAAUUUAACAGGGUUAACAUUUCUAGCUUUAGGAGUUAACAAUUUUCAGGGCAAUAUUCCUUCAAGUCUUGGACACUGCCAAAAUUUGCUUACAUUGGGUCUUUCUUACAACAAUCUUAGUGGAUCAAUACCCCCUCAAGUACUUGCACUUUCCUCCUUGUCCAUUUUACUAAACUUAUCAUCAAACUAUUUGACUGGUGAACUUCCCGUUGAAGUAGAGAAAUUGAAAAAUCUAGGUGAUUUGGAUGUUUCAAAAAAUAAGUUAUCUGGUUUGCUUCCAAACAGCCUUGGUAGCUGUGUGAGAUUAGAAAAGUUGUUUCUUGGUGGUAAUUUGUUCGAAGGGCCCAUUCCUUCAUCCAUGAGUUCAUUGAGAGGUCUUGCGGCACUGGAUGUAUCCGAUAAUAAUCUUUCAGGUGAGAUUCCUGAAUUUCUUGCAAGCUUUGGGGCACUAAAGUAUUUAAAUCUCUCAUUUAAUGAUUUUGAGGGAAUAAUACCAAGUGGAGGAGUCUUUAAGAAUUCAAGUGCUACAUUUGUUGAAGGGAACGAUAAGCUUUGUGGAGGCAUCACUGAGUUACACUUGUCAAGAUGUAACUCGGAAAAAUCAUCAAACACUUCUCUUCGUUUAAAACUUGUUAUUGUUUCUGUAAUUUUAGGAGUGACUUUGAUAUUCCUUUUUCUCCUUAUCAUGUUGUUUCGAAAGAAGAAAGAGCAUCAGCCAACAACAACUUGUGCAGAAAAUUCACUUUUACGGUUAUCAUACCAAAGCAUCCUAAGGGCUACUAACGGAUUCUCUACGCAGAAUUUGGUUGGUUUGGGAAGUUUUGGUUCCGUGUACAGAGGAAUUCUUGAAGAGACUGGAGAAGUUAUUGCAGUAAAGGUGCUUAAUCUUCUAAAUCAUGGAGCUUCGAGGAGUUUCUUAGCUGAAUGUGAGGUCUUGAAGAACAUUCGACAUCGAAAUCUUGUCAAGGUUUUAACAGCCAUUUCAGGUGCCGAUUAUCAAGGCAAUGAUUUUAAAGCCUUGGUUUAUGAGUUCAUGGUAAAUGGAAGUUUGGAGGACUGGCUGCAUCCACCUGCUGGAACCAAUGAACCAGAGACAAUAAGAAACCUGAACCUCUUCCAUAGACUUAAUGUGGCCAUAGAUGUUGCUCAUGCACUAGAGUAUCUGCACCAUCGUUCCCAAAUAUUGAUCAUUCAUUGUGACCUCAAGCCAAGCAAUAUUCUACUUGAUGCGGAAAUGGUUGCCUAUAUAAGUGACUUUGGCUUAGCAAAAAUCCUUUCUGCAGACAGGCUUAACUAUUCUGCUAGCCAAUCAAGCUCCCUUGGGUUAAGAGGAACUAUUGGUUAUGCUCCACCUGAAUAUGGCAUGGGAAGUGAGUUGUCAACAAAAGGGGAUGUGUAUAGCUAUGGCAUCCUCUUGCUAGAGAUGUUUACAGGGAAGAGGCCGACGGAUGAAAAGUUCAAAGAAGGUUUAAGUCUUCACAACUUUGUUAAGUCAGCUUUACCGGAUCGAGUGAUUGAGAUUUUAGAUCCCAUUCUUUUUGAAGAAAGAGUCCAACAAGAAACCCUCAAGGGAAAAUGUCUGAGAAAUGAAAUACAUCUUCAGUGCUUGAAUUUAAUAUAUGAAAUAGGACUCAUUUGUUCUGCUGAAUCACCAAGUGCGCGUAUGGACAUGAGUGAUGUUGUUACCAAGCUUUGUUCCAUUAGAGACAAGCUUUAUCCUACUUGAUUACAUCAUGAGGUUUCGAACUUAAAUAUGUCGCUCAAUCAACGGGUAAUAAUAUCUUCUUGUCGUACCAAGCUUGCAGGUAUCAAAGGUGUCGUAUGGAUGAACUUGAGAUGCUUAGGUCAAGCAAGGUGUUGGCUUUUUUCUUUUCUUCACAUUCCAUCUUGUGUUAAUGUCAGCUCUUUAUCAAUAAUUUGUCAAUGUAAUUUGUAUUAAUGUUUCAU